AUGAUGGAAUCAGCUAUUUUAAAUACUAAAAUAUCAAGAUUAGAAAUAUCUUUUUUCAAGUCUUUUGCUGGAGUUAAUAAAAUUUAUCCUUUCGAAUUAUUAAACGGCGUUUAUGGUUUAAAUGGAUCAGGUAAAUCGAACUUUCUUGAUGCUUUCGCUUUUUGUUUCAAUGAAAAUUUACGAAAAUUACGAAUUCGUAAUGCUAAACAGCUUAUUCAUAUUCAUGCUGACGAAUCAGAAAAGACAUAUGUAAAAUGUACGUUUUCAUUCGCGGACUUGACUGAAAAGUCAUUUACCAAGGAGAUUGUUGGUUCUUCAUUCAAUUAUUCAAUCGAUGACCAAGAAGUAGAAGAAAAAACAUACGUGCAAGAGUUGAUAAAUAUUGGCAUAAAUAUAAAGAAUAAUAUUAUCGUAUAUCAAGAAGACAUUCAGGCAAUCGCUUCUUUAAAUGGAAAAAAUUUAACAAAUUUAUUUGAAAGAGUUAGUGGCUCUAUUUCUUUUCGCAGAGAUUAUCAAAGUUUGUUGAGCCAGGUAGAGCAAGCUAGACUCGAUGGAAAGAAAUCAUUUAAUAACAAAAAAGAGUUGCUCACUACUCAAAAACGCCUUAGAGAUAUAUCAAAAACUAAUAGAAUUUCACAUGGACUUCAAGAACACUAUGAAAAGUAUUUAAAAAAAUUUAUCCUUGCCAAUUUGUAUAUUUUGGACGUAAAUAUAAAGACGGCAGAGAAAAACAUACAAAAGCUGUUGAAAAUAAAAGAAAAAAAAGAAAAUAAGAUCAAAGAACGAGAGCGAAUUUUAAAGGAAUUACAAAAGAAUAUUGAAAGUUCUGAAAAAAAAAUUGAAAAAUAUGAGCUUCAAGCUUCAGUAAAUUUUUCGAAAAAAACAACGGUUAGAGCUAACUUUGAAGAAUUGAAUGAACAGAUUGUGAAAGAUAAGAAAAAAAUAGAAUCUGCAAAAAAAAAUCUUGAAAAAGCUCAAGAAUUUGAUGAGUCACGUGCAAAAGCAAUAAAAGAGCUGGAGGAUGCUUUGAAAAUUGAAAAUGAGAAGAAAAAAGAAUAUUUAGAUGCGUCGAAUCACGAUCCAGAUUAUUGGGAAAAAAUGGAACAACAGGAAAAUGAGUAUCAGCGCUUAAAAACUAUUGUUUCGGAGAAAAAUGUGGCUAUUAUUCAAGCAUUAGAUAUAUUAGAAUAUAGACGCAGAGGAUUUGAUAAUCAAAUGGAAAAUUUUCACCGUCAACUGAAUGACCUUAAUAACAAAUUAGAAAUGCAGAUCAAAUUACUUUCAAACAAUGAGAGUGGACUAAAAGAAAUUGUCAACAAGAUAAAAGAAAUUGAAAAGGAAUCGGAAGAAGUUCGUCAAGAUGUUAAUAAAUUAAAAAUGGACACCGAAACAUCAGAAAAACAACGAAUAGAAUUGAUGACAAAGCUUGAUGAAAUUGAUGAAAAAAUACAUUCUCUUAAAUUAGAUAAAUCACAAAUUCAGAUAGCUAAAUGGGAAGAAGAAACAUUAGAAUAUUUGAAGAAAACCGUCAAAGGAGUGUUCGGGCGUAUGUAUCAAGUCUGCGAGCCUAUUCAUAAUCGUUAUAAAAUUCCAAUGGCUAAAGUAUUUGGUCAUUUCUUCUCGGCUAUCAUAGUUGACACUAGAAAAACAGCUAUGAAGUGCGUUGAGAUUUUAGAGCAAAGUUGUCUGACAUACGAAAAAUUUCUUCCUCUUGAUAGUCUUGAUGCUCCUGUACUACAAGAGCGCUUGCGUGAUCCAAGUUUGUAUGACAGUAUAAAUAAUGUCAAGCUGUUGUAUGACGUUUUACAAUUCCCGACAGAAAUAAGUCGUGCUGUUUUAUUCGUCACUAAAAACACCCUUGUUUGUGAAUUGUCAAAGGAAGCAAACCAUGUCGCUUAUGAUUUGAAAUCUAAAAAUAAGCAUAACUGUGUAUCUUUAGAUGGGACUUUUUACAAAACAAACGGAUCAUUUUCUGGUGGAAAGAGUUCAAUUAGCAAAAGAGUUCAAUUAAUUGAUUCUCAGAUGUCUGAAAAUUUGAAAACACGAAAAAAAGAAAUCAUGAACGCUAUUAAAGAAGGGCAAAAAUAUUUAGACAAUCAAUCUGAAUUAAAAUCAUUAGAAUCAAAACAGAAUAAUCUUAAUUGGAAAAUAAAAUAUUUAAAAGAUGCUUACAACAAAAUGGAAUCCGAGUGUAAUGAAUUAAAGGAAAGUAUUUCAAAAUUAACUGAUGAAAAGAAACAUUUACAGCUUCAAUGUGACGAAAUACAAAAAGAAUUGGAUAAAGUUCAUUUGGAAUGUCAAGAGCUUCAAAAUCAGAAUGCUUCUAUAGAAAAUAAAAUUUAUCAAGACUUUUGUAAAAAUCUUGGCAUAAAAUGUAUCAGUGAAUAUUUAAAUCAAUCACGACUUCAAGAAGAAAAAAAAUCGAAUUUACGCAAAAUUAAAGAACAAAUUGAACGAAUCGAAAGUUGUAUUGAGUAUGAGUCUAAUAAAAAUACCUCAAACAAUGUUAAAAGGUGGAGUGAUGUUGUUAAAAAUUUGGAAAAUGAUUUACUCGAUAAGAAAACAACGAUGAAAGGAUUAGAAAAAGAUUUACAAGCACUGGAAAAAGAAGAACAGUUAGAUAAACAAAAAUUAGAUCCGUUGAUUGAAGAGCUAAAUAUCAAUGUCACUGAAUUAAAAAAAUUACGAGCUGAUAUUGAGAAAGAUAAAAAUAGUAUUCCUCAAUUAUUAUCCCAAAUCCAAAACCCAAGUGAAAAUGGUGCUACUUUAAAAGCAGAUUUUCAUGAUUGGAUUUUGAGAGCAAAGAAUGAGAUGAUUGAAUUGCCGCUCUUAGAAAAUGAUAUUUCUCUAAACGACCUUUACGAAUUAAUUGAGUCUGUGGAGCCUGAAGACUAUGACUCUCAAAAGCUAGAAGAAAUAUACAACCUUGAACAAAAUCUGUGUUUUAAUUACGAAUCUUUACUAGAAGAUUCCGCAGAUGGUGGUAAUAUCGAUGAAUUGCUGAAAGUUUAUGAAGAUGAACUUGCUAGCUUACGCCAGAAAUUAAUUGCAAUGCCUACGAGUUCGACGGUGGAAUCUGAAUUGGAUGAAGUUAAAAAAAAAAUAGAUCAACUCAAUAAAGAGCACAGGGAACAUUUAAAAGAAUUAAAGAAACUCACCAGUGAAUUUGAAAAAGUGAAAAAAUUAAGAUAUGAUACAUUCAUGGAAUCUUUUGAAUCAAUCAGAGAGAAACUAGGAGCAGUUUAUAAAAAAAUAACAGGUCGUAACUCAGCUCAAGCAUUUCUGCUUACAGUGAACCCGGAAGAACCAUAUUUAGAUGAAAUUAAAUUUAAGUUUGUACCACCCAAUAAGCAAAAUCGUGGUCCCGUUGAGCCAUCGGGAGGUGAAAAGACUCUUGCUGCUUUGUCUUUAUUAUUUUCCAUUCAUGGAGAUCAACAUGUCCCGAUACUUUUAUUGGAUGAAAUUGACGCUGAUUUGGACAAAAAAAAUGUAAAUAACGUCAUUAAGUACUUAAACGAAGCUAAAAAGGACCAACAAAUUAUUUUUAUAUCACACAAUGAUAGUGUAAUAAAAUGCGCGGACCGGGUUUCUGGUUUUUAUGCUGCUACAAAAAGUGAUCAUAGCAAACGCACUAUAUAUGUGAGCCUUGAUUUAAAUAAAUACAAAAACAAUUAA